UGUAGGUGGAAGGAAGAAGGGCCAGCAGCCGAGCCCUCGUCUGACAGCGCGCUGUGUCCAGAGGAUAUUUACACCCGUGACUCACUGCUGGUUUCUCAGCUCUUCAGGUUUCUUUUCUCUUCAUUUGGGCGGCCAAUUUAAAGUCCCUUGUGAGCGCGCGACCAUGGCGACAGCACUGCUGAACCUGGAGGAGGACCUCACGUGCAGCAUCUGCCUGUGUCCGUUCGACUCGCCCGUGAGUCUCUCGUGCGGCCACAGCUUCUGCCAGCAGUGCCUGGAGGCCGCGUGGAAGGACGCGGGGCCCGUGAGCUGCCCGCAAUGCCGCGCGCUGUACUCGGUGCGGCCCGUGCUGAAGCGGAACACCGUGCUGAGCGCUGUGGUGGACACCAUCAAGUCCGCGAGCGACGCCGGCGCGUCGCCGAGCAGCGGCGAGCGCGAGGAGCCAAAGCCCGUGCUGUGCGACACCUGCAUGCAGGCGAAGGCGGAGAGCACGUGCAUGACAUGCGCCGCCUCCUUCUGCAGCGAGCACGUGCGGCCCCACCGUGAGAACCCGGUGUACCGCGCCCACCGCCUGGUCGAGCCGCCGCUCGCGGACCUCCAGAACCGCCUGUGCGCCGAGCACGCGAAGCUGCUGGAGUUCUACUGCGCGCCGCACGAGCGCUCCAUCUGCAGCGGCUGCCUGCAGGAGCAGCACCGGACCUGCAGCUUCUACACGGUGGAGGAGCAGCGCGAGAAGAAAGAGUCUGAACUGAAGGAAAAACUGGACUCUCUCGAUGGCAAAAUCGAAAAGAACCAGAUGGUCAUCUCCCAGAUGAGGGAACAGCAGGCUAAGCUCAAGGACGUAGCGGCGGUCCGUAAACGUGCUCUGGAAGCCGAGUAUCAGCAGCUCCGAGACAUGCUGCAGAGGGACGAGAAGGAGGCCAUGAUGGCUCUGGAAAAGGACCUGGAGAGCGGCCAGAGCAAACUCAGCAUGCUUAUGAAGAAGUUCAACCAAAACAUUGAGAAGAUGAGCGGAACCAAGGACGAAAUCAACAGGCUGCUGGUCCAGUCCCACUCUCUGGACUUCUUAGAGACGAAUAUGGACUUGCCUUCUGUGGUGACUUUUGACCCUUAUGCCCCUCGAAUCAACCUUGACUCUAAAUGUAUCAUAGCACACCAUGCCUGCAUCGUUGCUCUGAAGGAGCAGAUAUCUAAGAUCCUGCAGCAGCCAGUGGAGAACAGGCUCUCUUUGCUCAAACCAGAACUGGGAAAACCUUUUGCUGAUGAAGGCGCUGGUGAUGCUUCCGCUACAAUACCAAACCCGAGGGAGGGUUCUGUGCCCAGUGAAGACCCCAGGCCCACCAGCCCAUCUCAGGCUAAAGGUGCACCUGGAGGAGCCAAAAAGAAACCGCCACGAGAGAAAAGGGAGAACAGAGGAGAGAAGACGGAGAACAGAGGAGAGAAGACGGAGAACAGAGGAGAGAAGACGGAGAACAGAGGAGAGAAAAAGGACAACAGAGGAGAGAAAAAGGAGAACAAAGAGCGCAAAGAAUACAAAGGAGAGAGAGCCAAGAAGUUUCCUAACAAAGGAAUGGCCCCUCCAUUCUUCAGAAGAAUGGAUGGUGGUAUGAAUUUCACUAGUGGUAUGAAUUUCACUGGAUAUGUUCCUGAUUUUGCUGAUAUGGGGGUACCUGUGAGAAGGAUUGAUCUCCUGCGAUAUGCCACAAUUCUCAUGUUUGACCAGAGGACGGCUCACAGACGGGUGGUGCUGUCAGAGAACAACACUAAAGCGUCUGUAUCGGAUGAGCCAUCUGCCUAUCCGGACCUCCCGACCCGAUUCACUGUGUGCUCGCAGGUGCUUUGCUCCAAGGGUUUCUCUCAAGGCUGUCACUACUGGGAGGUCCAAAUGAGCAGCAAUAAUUUCUGCGGCAUUGGCCUGGCCUACGGCAGCAUCGACCGCAAAGGUCCGUCCAGUCGCUUGGGCCGGAACGCCCAGUCCUGGUGCAUCGAGUGGUUCAAUGUGAAGCUGUCCACCUGGCACAACAACCGCGAAACGGUGCUGAAUAACCCAAACCCUAGCCGGGUAGGGGUGCUGCUCGACUGCAGUGGGGGAACUGCCACGUUUUAUAACGUGGUGGCUGACCGUGCGCAUGCAUUCCACACGUUCGUUUUCCCCUUCUCUGAGCCAGUUUACCCUGCUUUCUGGAUCUUCUCCAGUGGGUCCUCUGUCAACCUGUGUAAGCUCAACAAUUAAUAGCUCUUGUAAAUGAUCACUCAUAUGUGAUAAUGUGGAUCAGGUGGAUAUGUUAACAUGCAGUUCAUUAACAAAUCACUGCUGCCAUGAGAAAACCUAUGAGCUUAUACUGUAUCUCUUUGACUCAUAACUGUUGUUAAUCUCCUUUGUUUUCACUCAUGUUACUAAAUCUGAUAACAAUACUUUUUUUAUAUCCACAUAUAUAACAUUAUAUCGUUGCUGUCAGGACAACUCUAUUUUUGUCAUAAUUUGCCCCUUAUGUUUCAAAUAUCAUGAUGAAUAUGCCAAUGGAAAUGGUCCAAAAUUAGUGGGAAAAGAAUAUUUAUUUCUCCAUUAACUUCCAUUAAAAUUUAAGAAUAUUUUCACUUGUCCUGUAAAGUUACCUUUUCAGAGAUGCAAAGUUUUCUUUCAACAGCAGCGAUAUGUUUUUAUGAUGCUUUAAUGCUUUUUGGCAGAAGAAAUUUAAAACAAUGUUGGGGGCUUAAAUUCAUGUUACUUAAAUCCGUUGUCAAAAGAAAAUGUAAAUAUCACAGAUAUAAUGAUAUUUACAAUAAAAUACAACUGUUGUAAAUUUUAAAAA